UCAAUCUGAGCACUUCAAUUAUUCCCAUCUACAAUUCCCACUCGCUUAUCUGGGUUACAAUAAAGUGUGGAUAGCCAAAGCCUCGUACGCCAGCUAUGCGACCACUUUCAUUGUUAUAACUAUCACUCUCACUUGAUCAUUCAAACGACCGGUCAGACCGUUGGUAGUUGUAGGAGUUCCAUUCCUCGAUGCACCACAAGAACCCCUUGGACCCAAUCCCCGAUCGAUUGGUACGAGAUCUGAAGCUGGAUCGCUAGGAGGUCCACACAUCGCGAGAUGAGCUACCAGCUCAGGGCCAUCUUGAUCCUGCUGGUGAUACAGGAGGUGAUCUUAUCCACGCAGCAAGAUUGCGGGAGGAGUGUCAGGAGGUCCAGGCAGCCACGAGUAGGUUCUCUUGGGAGGAUUAUACAGGGGAAGCAGAGCGUCAGGGGAGCUUGGCCUUGGCAGGUCUCUCUGCAACUCUUGCAUCCUGAAUUUGGAUUUCUAGGACACUGGUGCGGAGGCACACUGAUUGCUCAAGAUUGGCUAUUGACGGCUGCACACUGCGUCAAAAACGAUCUUUUCAAUCUACCACUACCUCCCCUGUGGACGGCAGUACUAGGAGAUUGGGAUAGGGAUGUGGAGGAAAACUCAGAAGAAAGGAUACCUGUUGAAGAUAUCAUCAUACACGAAAGAUUCCACAACUAUCAGCAUGAUAUUGCUCUGAUGAAACUAUCCCGCCCUGUGAAGAUUGUUGGUGACAGUCGAAUAAGGUCAGUGUGUCUUCCCACCAAGAGACUCACUUACAACCAAACCGCCAAAUGCGUGGCAACUGGUUGGGGAAGGGACGUAGAGGAUGGCAUGUUACCUGGUAAACUCCUGGAGGCCAAGGUACCAGUACAUGACAACGCUGUGUGCAGGAAAAAAUACGGUCAUACCGUGACCAUAAAGUCAGGACAUCUUUGUGCUGGUCACUUGGAUGGCUCUAGUGGAACCUGCGUGGGUGACAGUGGUGGUCCUCUGCAAUGCAUACUGAAGGAUGGAAGAUGGAUAUUGGCAGGUAUAACAUCCUUCGGUUCAGGAUGCGCCAAGCCUGGUUUCCCAGACGUUUAUACCAGGCUUUCUUAUUAUUUACCCUGGAUCAGAUCUAAGGUGAAGACACUGACGACAGUUUUGCUAUGACCAAUGAGGAACAGUUCGAGAACCACUAGAAUGUUUGGAACCUUGAACCUUUAGAAAUAUUAUGUAUAUACUUGUUUUAAUUUAUUCAAUAAAUGUGUUAUUUAUU